AUGUCCACAGCCUGUUUUCUGUUUGUCGUGUUGGACCUCCUACAGUUGGACCUCCUACAGCUGGACCUCCUACAGCUGGACCUCCUACAGCUGGACCUCCUACAGUUGGACCUCCUACAGCUGGACCUCCUACAGCUGGACCUCCUACAGUUGGACCUCCUACAGCUGGACCUCCUACAGCUGGACCUCCUACAGCUGGACCUCCUACAGCUGGACCUCCUACAGCUGGAGAGGGACAUAACACUUUGA